AUAAAACCAAUCUGAUGACAGAACAAGACAAGACAAGGCAUCAGCCAGAAGACUUGCUUAAAGAAUUAGAGAACCUGAAGAAACAAUUCAAAACAAUGAAACUAACAAAAGAUGUAUAUUCCAAACGGAAGAUGAAAAAAAUCAAAAAUAGAAUACGUGAAAAAGAAAAAUACAUAAAACGAACAGAAAAGAUAGAAGCUCUGAAAAAGAAAACACUUGAUGACCUGGCGCCUGGUAAAAGUAAAACCAAUCUGAUAACAGAACAAGAUAAGAUAAGACUUCAUAUAGAAGGCCUCCAGAAAGAUUGCGAACGUAGUAAACAUGAAAUAGAGAACCUGAAGAAACAGAUACAAAGACAAGAUGAAGAUUGCAAACAGCUGAGGAAGGAAAUCGAAAAACGAGAAACAUACUUUAAACUAACCAAAGAGAAAAUUGCUCUGAAAAAGACGAGAAUUGAAGAGUUGCAGACAUGUAUUAAAACUCAAAAGGAGGCGGAUACAGGUGAUACAUCAGAUGGUACUUUUUCUGGUAAUAUAAGUGGUACAUCAGAUGGUACUUUGUCUGGUAAUACAAGUGAUGAUGAUACCUCAGAUGAUACAGGUGAUACCUCGGAUGGGAAAGUAAAACAAAAAGGUCCGAUGCCUGAAGAUGAUUACAAAACUAUACGAGCUAAUUACUCCUAUCUGGUGAAUCAUAUCAAGGAACCAGGGAAACUUAGCAGAAAAUUAUAUGAAAAAGGCGUAUUCGAUUCAGAAGAAAAUCGCAAAAUACAGAAAAUAUACAGGACGUCUGAAUAUGGUUGCUGGGAAGCUGCCGACAAGCUACUGAUGUACGUCUUAUCAAACUGUGGUGAUGUCUAUGGUAAAUUCAUCCAAUGUUUACGAGAACUAGGUUACAAGAAAAUCAUAAGUGUAUUAGAAAACACCUUGGAGGUUUGUUUUCAUUUUAAGUGA